AUUUUUUGAUAUAUAAAACGCGGGAUACAAAUUUCUCGCCGGAGCAGAAGAUCAGGCGAGGGGAUAUGAGCUCAUUGGCGCAUCAACUUUGUGGAUUAAGGAGUUCCCCUCUUUCUUCAACGCCGAUUUCAACUCGGAAGCGCUUUUCUCCGGUAGUUUCUGCUGCAGCUUCCCCUACUCCCAUUUCCAAUGCGCAGACCAAAGAGCGCCUUAAGCUCAAGCAACUCUUCAAGGAAGCUUAUGAACGUUGCUGUAUUACCCCCAUGGAUGGCGUCUCCUUCACGCUUGAGGACUUCCAUGCUUCUCUUGCGAAUUACGACUUUGUUUCGGAAAUCGGAACCAAGGUGAAAGGUACUGUAUUCUCUACCGAUGCUAAUGGGGCACUAGUUGAUACUUCUGCAAAGGGAACUGCAUACUUGCCCACCCAAGAAGCAUGCAUUUUUAAUAUAAGACAUGUAGAAGAGGCAGGCAUAUAUCCUGGGUUAGAAGAGGAGUUUGUAAUUAUUGGUGGACAGGAACAGGAAGAUGAAGGCAGCCUAAUUCUGAGUUUGAGAAGUGUCCAGUAUGGCCUUGCUUGGGAGCGAUGCAGACAACUUCAAGCUGAGGAUUUUGUUAUCAAGGGUAAGGUUGUUGAUGGAAACAAAGGUGGAGUAGUUGUUCUUGUGGAAGGCCUUAAAGGAUUUGUUCCUUUCUCUCAAAUAUCAGCAAAAUCAACUGCAGAGGAGCUGCUUAAUAAAGAGCUACUUCUGAAGUUUGUGGAGGUUGAUGAAAAACUAUCUCGGCUAGUCCUAAGUAAUUCCAAGGCAAUUGCCAGUAGCCAGUCAGAGCUAAGAAUUGGGUCAGUAGUUACUGGAAUUGUGCAGAUUCUGAAACCAUAUGGAGCCUUUAUUGACAUCGGUGGAGUUAAUGGGCUUCUUCAUGUUAGUCAAAUCAGUCAAAAUCACAUAUCAGAUAUUGCAGCCGUUCUUCAACCAGGAGAUAUGCUAAAGGUCAUGAUUUUGAGCUAUGACCGCGACCGAGGCCGUAUUAGUCUUUCUACCAAGAAACUGGAACCUUCUCCUGGAGACAUGCUUCACAAUCCAAAGCUUGUUUUUGAGAAGGCGGACGAGAUGGCUCAGACAUUCAGGCAAAGAAUAGCUCAAGCAGAAGCAAUGGCUCGUGCAGAGCUUCUCGAAUUUCAGCCUGAGCUUUUGCUGGCAGAAUUCAUAGAUGAAAGAGUGAUUCUGGCGAUUUAUGAUGGCCAUCCUUCACAAUGAGCCCCUCUCAAUUACAAGGUAUUGACACUUGAACUGGAAUAAUUGAUUGUAUUUAUUCUCUAACAUAGAUUUGUGGAUACCUUAUUUUUAAUUUUCUUCUCAAUUGCAUAAUCAAAAUAAGUUCUCGUUCGAUAAUCAUUUAGUUUUUAGAAAUCAACCUAAUAGAUGCUAUUUUUACAACGUUUUCGAACUCCAAACCAAGUUUUGAAAAUAAAAUACUGUACUGUUUUUUGGAAUUUGACGAAGAAUUCAAAUGAAAAUCGUUUGAAAAGAAAUUAUAAGAAAAUAAACAAAAUUUUCAAAAACUAGUGUGUAAUGUAUUAUUGAUUCAAUUACCUUUAUCAACAUUAAUGAAUUGACCUAGUGGUCGAUAAAGGCUAAAGUUUAUUAAAGUAUCGAUCAAUACGAAGUCGUAAGCUCGGAAUAUUCUUACUUUUGUUCAUUUCACAAAAUUGCCUAUCCUAUCUCGAUCUUAAUACCCCGUUGUUAUAACGAAAGAAGAAACUGAAAAUGAUAUAACCUUUUUUUUUUCCCUUUUUCAUUACUCUUAAAACGUGCUUAUAAAUUAUACGAUAAUCCCAUUUAUCCGAAUAAACUUUGUGAUGCCUUAUUUUCUAGUUUAAUUAGCCCUUUUUUAUUCUGUGUAAUUUUUUGAGAUUGAAGAUAAUAAAUCUCUCGAACAUGUUCAUAAAAUUAUACGACAAUCCAAGCUAUCCACUUACGUUUAGAUUAUUCGAAGCUGGCGUUAUUGCAAUCAUGUUUGUUUUGAAAUUGUUUACCAAAUUUUACUCGUA